GAUGUCGGCGGCCGGAAGCGGAAGUGUGAGACGGUCGGGUCUCCCGGCCGCAGCCUCCUCGCCCGCCGGGAUGCUGUCCUUGGACUUUCUGGACGAUGUUCGGCGGAUGAAUAAGCGGCAGCUGUAUUACCAGGUUCUGAACUUCGGAAUGAUUGUUUCCUCGGCGCUGAUGAUCUGGAAGGGGUUGAUGGUGGCAACGGGCAGCGAGAGUCCCAUCGUUGUUGUACUUAGUGGCAGUAUGGAACCCGCCUUUCACAGAGGAGACCUCCUGUUCUUGACCAACCGCGUUGAAGAGCCAAUCAGAGUGGGAGAAAUCGUGGUCUUUAGGAUAGAAGGAAGGGAAAUUCCAAUUGUGCACCGGGUCCUGAAAAUCCACGAAAAACAAAACGGCGACAUCAAGUUUUUGACCAAAGGUGACAACAAUGCAGUUGAUGAUCGAGGCUUGUAUAGACAAGGGCAACACUGGCUGGAGAAGAAAGAUGUGGUUGGAAGAGCGAGAGGGUUUGUGCCGUACAUUGGAAUAGUAACCAUCCUAAUGAACGAUUACCCUAAAUUCAAGUACACUGUCCUUUUUCUCCUGGGAUUGUUUGUCCAUUUCGCUGCUUCUUAAUCCGAGUUGGAUUUUGGCAUUUUCGUUUUCUACGACUGCUGUGUCACGGGCAGGUUAAUCUCAGUAUUUUGAAGAGUUUGUCACACUUUAGCAUUUUUGUACAUCGGUGAAUUUUUUAUAUUAAA